CAGAAAAAUUCUAUUUGAAAGAUGGAGGUUCUUCCAGCGGAGCUUCAUCCUCACGUCGACGCCAUCGAUAUCGAAGAAGGUUUCCGCUGUUUUCUUCGUCAACAUUUCAUUCAAUGAUUUUCGUUGUCCAAUCUCUCUAAAUAAUCUGCCAUUUACUUGCAGACGGCACUCUAGCAGUCGCCUCCUCAGCGCUAACAGGUCGAAAAUGGAAUGGUUCGUUAUGGUUGUUCAAAGAUCGUGCUAAAGCGCCUGAUGUUAAUUACUGCAGUGCUGGGUGUUCUACUGAAUCAGGAACCACAGAUAUUAAAUGGAUCGAUUCCAGGAGAUUGGUCCUUGGAUGUGAUUCGGGGAAUGUUGACAUUUGGUGUCUUAGUGGGAGCUUUCAAAGUUUGGAAAACAUUGCAUCGUUGACGGAACAUGACAACUCAGUUUCGUCUGUUAGUGUGGAUUGCAUUAAAAGUAAAAUUGUUAGUGCUGGCUGGGAUAGAAGGUUUGUAAUAAUUUAAUGUUUUAUCUUUUUUUCUUUCGCUCGCUUGGGUCGUUUCCAUAGUGAAAUAAUUGUUAAAUUUAUUUAUAUAUGAGGAUCUCUUGAAGCUGAGAUGAAAAAUACAAAUGUAUGCAGAUCAAGGAGAAUGUAAUGAGGCUUCGUUGGAUACCAACAUUUUUCCUCUCAGCAGUUUCAAGAUAUGCACAGAUCAUUUUCUUGCAGAUUUUCUUUAGAAGUCUUAAAAAAGCAACUGUCGAAAUUUGAAGUUAGUCGAGUUGUUUUCUGGUCUCUGUCUGGCUAUAAAGUGCUAAAGCUUACCACAAAACCGUUCACAGGUCGUGCACUUCGCGGACUUCUGAUAAAUGCCAGAUGCAAAAUAUUAGCUUGCGAAGUUCAGGCAUGCGCAGAAAGCAAAAUUUGGAGGUUUUUGGUUUUAAAAGUUGACUUUUUCUCUUCGCUUUCUCUCCUUCCCUCUUUCUCUUUUCUUGCCUCAGUUUUUUUUAUGCUUUUUGUCCGGCCUCCUGACCGAAUCAUGCCCAUUCUGGUAUGGUUUGAAAGAUAUGUUUCACGUGACUGUUAAAACUGAUGACAUCACAAGUGGUAGAUGGGACAUGGAUCCUCAUGGGUGGUCACGGGCGGUCCAGGGGCAGAUGGGUUGACACAAGAGGCUUUAUUUGAUUACCCUGAAUUUCUUCUGAAAUUAUGCAAUUAGAUUUUUUGGAAAAAAUUGCUGCUACCUGCAAAUGAAGACUGCUCAUCACCAACCUUCACAUUCUUUGAGAGGCUUCUGGUCUAAAGGCUGUUUAAGGCAUAAGAUAGUGAAAUUUAUUGCAUACCCUUUUUAAGACUCAUAAGCCUGAAAACCGAGGUGUGUUUCAUCGAUGCCCCCUGUGUAUGAUCUGGUGAAAACAGAGUGCCAUUCUGUGUAUACAACUCUGUCACCUUAGAUCUUGUGAAACUAGGUUGUUAGAGUCACAAGAAGAAGUGGAAAAACUAAACUCACUAGGAGUGGAAACAAACAUUGUUUAUCCUUCCCCUUUUGCUUUCAACUCUGAUAAUCUGUCAUAAGUGGAGUCAGAAGAAGAUGGAAACAUUCUGUUAUUGUGACUCCAAUUCCUUUGAGCUUUUGUUUUGCUUUGUUUUGUUUUUUUCUUUACCAGCUUUUCUGGACACAGGCCCGCCCAGAGGGAAUAGGCAUGAAUGGCACUCAGGUCCCAUGCGUUGAACCUUCCCUACCCAAUCCCACAACGGGUAUAGGUUGGCCAUACCACCAGGGUCUAUGACCCCUACACUUUUCGAACCAUGGUGUGGGUUCUUCAAGAACAGAUCAGUCAAAGUGCUGUGAGAUGGGACUUACGACUUUUCAUCCUUAUCUGAGAAGACUAGAAAGUCUAACGAUUUGCAGAUAUCAUUACAAAGGCAGCACUUUCUUAGUUAUUUAAAGACCCUGAGUGUUGGUGAAGCCAGGGUUUUUGACUCUGCUUAUGACUCCGAUUCUUUUUUUUUUUCUACUGGGCUAUAACCACUUUUACACCUUCGGUUACAACUCUAUCACUAGUGAAAACAAGUCUUUUUUAAAAAUUACAUAUAUGGGAUUAUGGAGAAAUGUUUUGAAUGAAACAGCUAGGGUGGAAAUUCUCUCAAGGAUGUGAAUGAUGCCACUAUUUAUUUCAAUUUAUGGAUUAACCUUAAUCUUUUUUACCCAAACCAUUCUCAAAUACAAAAUGCACCCAUGUCUAGGAUGCUUUCAGUAUUGCUGAUCCUUACAGUAUCCAGGAAGCAUGACACAGCUUGCUACUGAGUUACCCGGUACCCAAAUAAAUGCUAGAGUUGUUCUUAGGCCGGUACUCUAUUUCAAAUUUUGAUCUUAAAAACAGUUGAUUAGAAUGCAACUCCAGUGAUAUAAUAGCAGAGAACUUCAACUUAAUGCUCAUUGAUAAUUAUAAUUUUUAAAUGACUAUACAUUAUUCUUGACUUGUUCUUUCAGUAUCAAGGUAUGGGAUAUUGAACAAGAAAGAUGCAUAAAAUCUUACAGAGGUACAUGAUGUCUUGUUUACAUAGGUCUGCUAUUAAUACUCCAACUUCUGUUUCUUACUUGUUCUAACCCUCCAGAAAAAAAGAACUCCUCUGUCCCUGGAAGGAGCACUGAUCAUAACAGAAAGGCUUAGAAUUGAUGAAUAUUAUACAGCUGUAAGGUGUUUGUUACUUAAAAUGGUGUGAUCUGUUGAGCAAGAACAUGCCCUUGGAAGCGGUGGUAGCCUGCUAAGCUAGCAUUGAAUUGUGUUCAGUAUAGUAGUACUGUGAAUGUACUCCCACAUGGAGGGGGGCGUAAGGGGGGUCCGAAAACCGCAAAACCGCACAGAAAUACGCCAAAAAACCGCAAACCGCAUCGGAUUUUUUCCCGAAUACCGAAACCGCACACAAUAUGAAAGCUGACGUCAGCAAGACUUGUGAUAUAUUCUGACUAGGAGUAAUCGGAGCUUAGGAGAGUGCGUUCGAUAUGUUUGUUAGGCAUACAAAUAGCAGUUGAGACGAAAGGGUGGUUGCGAUAUCGAUAAAUAUGAUUAUGGCAUAUUUUGAACGUAUUAGGGUUGCGUACAGCGAAACCUCUAUUUAAACUGUGUAUCAUAAGAAGGUUUUCAAAAGAUAUCGUAUGGCUCGGUGUCAAGUGCUUUAAAUCGGAGGAGACAUUGGCCAGAGUGCGUCAUAAAUGGAACAUUUUGUUUCACUGGCGCGAGUUACAGGGCGCAGUUGCUCAAAGGUCGAUUAGUGCUUAACCCGGGAUUCUUUUUCUUUCUUCAAAAACAUUUCUUCGGAUAAUUUUCUCUGUUGUUUUUAAGAGCAUCCAAUCAUCAACUUGUUGACAAAAUGAAUUACAUUGAAUUUACUUUUUUAAAAGCUUUCACAUCUGAAUUCAAACUUCGCAUUAACCCUGUCAAAGCCUUCAAUGGUACGAGUGUGCGGUUCACGUCAAUAACUUUUCCAGUAAUUUGGUCCAGCGUGUUGAUUUCAGUGACUCGAGAGUGGCGCUACUGUGGGCUGGUUUAUAAGUUUUUCCUAAUAAAUAACAUAGAGUUAAAGUGUUCGUUUGUCCGGUGCCGAAAAUAUCACAAGUCAUGAUCAAAUGGCACUGCCGAGCUUCACAUCUCGGUAGAUUUACUUUGUGGAACAAGGGCUGCCGAGCCACACAACUCGGUAGAUUUACUUUUUGACACAACGACCGCCAAGCUACACAACUCGGUAAAUUUACUUUGUGACAUAACGGCCCCCGAACUUAACACGGUUUGAUGCAUGCACCAGGAGUCGCAGACAUUUUCCAAAGACAAUGAAGGGGCAAAGUAAAAUUUAACAGCAAACUUCUGAAAGACAAACGCUUUAGACGAUUCAGCAAACACAUAUCGAUGUACGCUUUACGAAGAUUCAGCAAACUUUUUAAAAGAUGAACGCCUUACGAAGACAGAAUAUCAGACCUUAGCAAACCUUUGAAAGAUGAACGCCGAGGACACAAGAAUCACCACAUGGAUUAGCGCGUCAACGAAAAUGCAAUCUCAAAAAAACCUCUCUUAUUAAUUGCACAAGACACCCGAUAAUGCACACAACACCCAACACAAAUUAGGAGUUGCGUUCUCGUACCUCGAACGCAAUAACAUUGUGCGUUAGUAUUAAACAUACCAUCAUAACGCUGACGAUAUAUUGUACUACACUAUUAUACUCUAUUAAGUACUAACCAAAUGCCAAGUAUGCUGGUCAUGUACUUGAACGAGUAUUGAUAUCUCCCUUGACUUUGAAAAACUAUGUCACUGAUCCUGUAGGUCUUACAUUGGGUGACUGAUUACUUUGGACGACCCUGUGCUAGUUGUGGAACGCGGAAUAAAUGUUUCUUCUGGAAAUGUGACCUUGUCUCGUAAAGAGUUCACGUUCAGUGGAGAAGACGAUUGUUAAAACGUACAGCUCUUCUGAAAUUCUCCCCUUCCUUUCCUUCUUCAUAGAAAAUUGCCACGCAAUUAAUUUUUACGUCCUCUUCGCUUUCAGUUGCGACCUCGACGACCUCAAUUGCCAUCGUCGCGCAUUGAAUCAAAGCAACGAGAACACGACGCUGAACGGCUGUACGAGCUAACAUCCGGCAGCUAAUUUUUUUACGCAUCACUGGCCAAAACGGUUAAUCAUAUUAAGUAUUAACUGGAAAAGGCCGUAACUGCAAACCACAGAGUUAAAUUGUAAGCUGAUAUAAUGAACCCUAAUACGUUGUAAAACAAAACACUUGGCUCGCGCUUGCAAAACAACGGGAUGCCGACCGUUCUAAAGAGUAUUAUCACCGCAGACACUUUUUUUCACCGAAAACCGCGACUUAAAUGUUGUAGUAACCGCAAACCGCUUAGUGUUUUGAAACCGCAAUACCGCGAGUUGAAAUAAAAAUUACCGCAAAACCGCAUCACCACAAACCCUUACGCCCCCCUCCACAUGUACAUGUGGGCAUACCGAUGUAACUUCUCGCCAGGGAAUAAUUUGAGGCAGCACUUCAAAUUUUAGAAGAUUUGAAGCCUCUUAUUAUUACUGCCAUUUGCAAUAAAACAUUCAUAUAAUCUUCAGAUAUUUUUCCAUGAGUUUAUCAGAAGAUGUGCUAUAUUUUUUUAUGGUGUGCUGAUAUUUAAUUUUUAGGUCACAGUGACAUGGUAUGGAGCACUGCUUACAGCAGAACUCAACAAGAUUUGUUUGUCUCAGUGUCACAGGUUUGUCUCCAUCAAAACUAUUUUUCUUUCCUGAUCUGCGGAACACAGUGGGCAACAUGUCACUCUAACUCAUUGCAGUGACAAACCACUCCUUGUGAACAGGUUGGGCAACAAGUUGCAGCAACACAAUGAAGGGCCAAAUGGUGCUAUGUGUACUGGAGAAUUUUUGUAAAAUUCUUUGUUUUUGCAACAGAAUUCUUUUACUGUGACAAGUCGCAUGAGAUCAAAUUAGUUUGAAUUUAUGUGGGCUUUCACAGAGUGUUGCUGUAACGUGUUGAUGUGACUUGUCACCUAGUUUGUGCCUACCUUUAAAUUCUUCUUUUUCUCAGCUCUGCAGUGUCAUGUACAAACUGACCUUUUGUCAAGAAAAGGACUUUUUCAUAUAAGUGCACAGCCUUUCCUUUAUAGUGAAAUGUUCAUUACAGGACUGUUCUUCAGAUCCAUUAAUGUUCAGUAAUACUUUUUAAAUCAUGAAAACUGAGAAUUUUUUUUCUGUAAUUGCAGGAUGGGCGGGUUAUUCUUUGGGAUACUAGAGCUCCGAAAAUUGCUUCCAAGUUGUCAGGUUAGUAUUAUACCAAAGUUAUACCAGUAUUAAGUUAACUAGUGAAAGUCAGAGAUUAUACAUAUAGGAGUGCAUUCAAUCGCUUCUUUUGAGUUCAAAAAUACAUCUGUGACAUGUUUUCUUUCAAAUAAUACUGUUUUCAUGUUAUUGUUUGUUCUAGGGCAGCUUUUUUGACAAUUUCUUGAUGUUGCAGAUGAUACAAUCCUGAUGACCACCAAAUGAAAAGCAACUGAUCAUUAAAUGUGACCUUCUUUGGGAAAACGUACACUAACGAUAUUUCGUUAAACGGUUAGACCGUUAGCUGUCCGUUAGUCAUCCGUUAGAUGAUUCAAUGAAAAUCGUUAGAGGCGUUAGGCAAUUCGUUAGCAACUCAUCCGUAGCCGUUAGAGCGUUAGUUGUAUCCGUUAGAGGUGUUAGUCAAUUCGUUAGCAACUCAUGUAUAUCCGUUAGAGCGUUAGUUGUAUCCGUUAGAGCGUUAGUCCAGGAAACUAAAGCGUUAACUGACGAUUCUAUUGCUUUGCUGAUCAAGGCCGCUGCCUUCUGGGCGCCCUGUCGUCAGAGGUUUCUACGAUUAAUUUUAUUCGCCCGCGGGCGACCGAAAUUAUAAACAAGGAGCCCGCAUCGGGCACCUGAAACUAGUGAUUCUUGCCAAACCCGUUUCCCAACGUCCAGUGAACGAACGACACAAUUCCCUACCCGUUCUACGCUUUUGAAACGAAAAAUUAAUAUCAAAAUGCUUGGUCGUCGGCUGUAGGCAAAAGAUACCGACGAUAAGAAGUAAACAAACAAGCACACGUCUUGAAAUCCGCUUCUCUGCAGACUUCCGCUAAUUGAUCUCGAAUGAAUUGAAUGGUUGCAGGAAAACCUUCGGUAUAAAAGUCAUGACCUUCUUCCCGUCUUUUUGCCUUUAGAAACGUUGCUGUUGUGUGUAUUUUUAAAUGAAAAGAUGCAAGCAAGCAAGAUCCAUUGUUGGUUAAUUGAAAUUACACAUGAUAUAUGCAAAUUUUUCUUGCAUCUACAACUAUUGAUCAGAUUGUUCCGUUUUCGAUCUCGAUACGAACGGUACACUCAGUUGACUCGGAGAUUUCUUAGAUCAUUUAUUCAGGUUGUAUCUAUGUCCUUCUCCUUUUUUGGUACGUUUUGUGGCAAUUUCUUUUUAAAAGAUAGACUUAGACGAAAUAAAACAACUUUUCGUUCUGCUACACAACAGUUCUUUGUGUCGUCACGCAACGCUCAACACAAAGAAUGGCUGUGGCUGUGUGGCAGACUUUGCCAAGUAUAUGUAACCGUCCUAAAACUUAAUUUCGAUUGAAUGCCGCUUUAAUGUAAUGUGGGAGCCGCUCGUCGGGGCUUAAAGCGGCGACAGAAAGAGACAAAAAAUAGAUAAGAGAAUAUCGCAAUAUCACUGCAGCUCGCGUUCAAUAAACAACAAAACUGUCCCCAAGUCCCAAGCGGAAUCGGCACGCAAAUGUAUAAUUUCCAUGACAACAAAUGACGCUUUAACUGGCGUGCACUUGUUUACUCGCGUGCAUUACACGAAAGUGAUAAAGUAUGGCAGACACCGAAAGUAUAGUGAGAGAAGAAACUCCUAACGCGGUAAUCGAGAGAGCUAAAAAAUUCCUACGUGAAGGCUGUGGAUGUUCGCGUGGUUCGAAAGGGGGUCCCUGUUCAAGAGAAUUUAGAGAAGAAACGGUGCUAUUUAAUCUCAAUAACUGUCUCGAGUUGACAAGUGGAGAGCUCGACUUGAUAAUUUUAGCCAACAUACAAGCUUUCACACGCAACGACUACGUUGGAACUAAGAGAAACGGAACUUCAAGAUGCACGUAUCAGUUUCAGUCUGUCCUGAUUUGCAAAGAGAUGUUUCUUCACCUUUAUGGUAUAAGUUAUUCUCGACUUCGUCGACUCAAGGAACAUUACGAGACGCAUGGUAUCUAUCCGCGAACCCAUGGAAACACCAAAAGGCUUCCCAGUAACACUCUUCCCCAGUCAACCACAGAGAACGUUCAUAAUUUUCUAACUAAUUACGUAGAAGAGAACGCAUUUGUUCUACCUGGAAGAAUACCUGGAUUCAAGUCCGAGGAUGUAAAGGUGUUGUCUUCAAGCGAAACAAAAAUGAGUGUUUGGCGUGUGUACACUGCCACUUGCGAGACUUCUGGAGAACAAUCCGUUAGCUACAGCAAAUUCGUCGAUCUUUGGCAGCAGUUUUGUCCAAACGUUGUUGUGGCAAAACCAUUGACCGAUCUGUGCUUUACUUGUCAGCAGAAUACAACCAAACUUGUACGGGCCGCAAACCUUCCUGAGCACGAAAAGGCUGACUACAUAAAAGCCCAACAGGAACAUUUGGACUGCGCCCAGACUGAGAGAGACUUUUACAGACAAACUUGUUUAGAUUCAGCAGCGACUUUCAAGCAAAUAGAAGAGGAAAUGAAUUUGAACGAAGAACAUGAACCGUGUUCAUUUAAUGGCACCAUGCAUUACUCUUUUGAUUAUGCGCAACAAGUCCACUUUCCAAGCAACCCGAUGCAACCCGGGCCGAUCUAUUUUAAGACCCCUCGCAAAUGUGGAAUUUUCGGAGUCAUGUGCGAAGGUGUACCCCGUCAAGUAAACUAUUUAAUUGACGAAGCUGCGACUGUUGGUAAGGGGGCCAAUGCUACAAUAAGUUACGUUCAUCACUUCUUUUCGCGUCAUGGUCUGGGGGAAACAGAUGUUCACUUAAAUGCUGAUAAUUGUUCGGGACAGAACAAAAACAAUUACUUUUUAUGGUAUUUAGCAUGGCGGACUGCAACUGAACUUCAUCGUAAUAUAAACUACUCCUUUCUCAUUGCUGGACAUACUAAAUUUGGCCCAGAUCGUUGUUUCGGGAUUCUUAAGAAGUCGUUCAAAGUCAGUUUUAUUUCUUCACUUUAUGAACUUGCUAGAAUGGUGGACACGUCAAGUAACGCAGGAGUCAACAAAGCUCAACUGGUAGCCACUCACGAUGGCCGAGUCAUAGUACCUGUAUAUGACUGGAGCACUUUUCUGGGACAGUAUUUUAAAAAACUCCCGAACAUUAAAAAAUUUCACCACUUUCGAUUUUCAAAGGAUGAACCAGGCGUCGUCUACUGCCGAGAGUUUUUGUCAUCUCCGGAACAAGCUUUUUUUUUACUAAGGAAUGGCGUUGCUAUCCCUCCAGGUUCAGUGCUUCCACAAAAGAUCAACCCAGAAGGUUUAAGCGAGGAACGUCGAAAUUACUUGUAUCGCGAAAUCAGGCAGUUUUGUAAGCCUGGAACGGAAGACUUAGUUGCACCAGUUCCAUGAUCAUUAUUUUGAUAUCUCUGUAGAUGUGACUUUUCAUAAUUCAAUCCAACGCUGUAAGAGAAUUAGGAUUAUUAUUGCAGUUAUUGUAUAUACACCAGUCGUACUUACUGAUGUAAUAAAACAAUGAAGUUCUACUGAGUAAUUUUUUGCGAUAUUUUCUGUUGUUUCUUUUAGCAGUUAUGUUCAGUUAACUAAACCCGAUGUAUGAACCGAGUGAAACACGGUGUAGUCAAUCGAACUUUAAUGAGUAUACCCUUAAUCCUGCAUGCUAGAGAUAAUGGCUUUACGUUCCUCUAAUAAAUCAGGGAUUACAGAUAAGGGUACACUAUUACAAGUUCUGAUAGUUCUAAGACAAAAGGAAAAUUUUAUUUGCAUCGUUCAUUGUGGCGAGUUGGUGAAAUGGUGCACAAUUAGGAGAUCUUGAAGCUCUUUUAUUGUCAGAUAUUUCAGGUGGUAGGGAAAUACCAACAAGCCCUUUAUAGAUCUUGUAAAACAUGAACACUUGGUUGAUCAAUUUUUCGGGUAAUCGGGUUCAACGGUACUAUUAAGUUCGAUUGAGUUUGCGAGCAUAAUUAAAUAGUACUCUUCAUGAGUUCGAUUACCGAAUCAAUCGAACUUGAUUGAACUUAUCUAAAACGAUCGAGCUCAAAAAUCGUCGGAUUAAGUUCGGUAAUCGAACAAAAUUAAACUCUCGUUUUCUAAUACUCCGACUAACGAAACAAACAAACUUAAUGAAACGAGUCAAAAUAAUACCGAGCUCAAUCGAACUCCUUCGGCCGUUAGGCAUUUUAAUUUAAGAAGGACUAGCAAAUUUAGCGUGGAUGGCUCUGACCCGACAGCACAACAGUCGAUCGGUAUCAAAACGGACCGCUGAGGGAACAAUUUCGUCCUCAAACAAUGACAACAAUGCGUCGGAUCGAAAACCACCAACCACAAAUUAAAGAAAAUAACUAACACGUAACACAACCAAUGAAGUACCUCGGACUGUCAACAAAGGAAGCACAGUAGCCAAUGCGUUUCGGUAAUUAUGAUCCUUCGCUGAUAAUAGCAAUCCACGGAAACAGAAUAAAAGGUCUCACACAUAAGAUGAAACUUCAUUUCUGUUCGCGUGCCGGAUGAUAAUGGCUCUUCGAAAAUUGUUGCGCGAGACAAACUUACCGUCAAAAGCUCUCUUCUUCUUUCCCGAAGAUAAUAUGACUGGAAUUGCCCCUACAAAAAUUAUCUUGCAAAAAAAUAACGUUGUUAUUGGAGGAACUGUUACUGUUAACUGGCAAGGGGAAAGAGUGGAAGCUGAAAUCAUCGCAUUAAGUGGUAAGUAAAUUAAGUAACUGUUAACUGCGUUUUUCUAUUGCAAGGUUUGCCCUUCUACUGGAUACCUGGACUUACCAUGUUUUUUCCUUUUCUCGUUGUAGAAAGUACCGACGAACUAAAUGAGAAGGAUCUGAUUUGGUCAAAAAGGAAUCUUGAAGAAACUGCUCAAGUUGAUUACGGCAGUGCACCAAACGAACCUCCGAAGAAGAGAUCACGACCAGUAAGUUUGGUUAAUCUGUAUGAUCAGUAUUACUCCUAUUUUGUUCGGUUACGCGAUUAUGACGUUCUAUUUAGUGACGUUUCUAUUUCGUGUUACAGUCGAUUCCCGAUAACUCGAACCUUCAAGGGAAAUCGAAAGAAGGUUCGAAUUAUCGGGAGUUCGGGUUAUCGGGAGUUCGAAGAAAAUAGCCAAGAGUAAGGUAAAAAACAGUUUUUACUGCACAGUGAACAUUUCAAUCACAUUUUAUAGUAGAAAUGUCAAGUGAAAAUUAAAAGAUACUUCUAGAUUAUAAAUCAGAACGUAACGUAACAAAAUAUAGCCUAAAUAGAGCAUGCGUUUUACUGUUUUGAGAAAAAAAGCUGCUUCACGUUAGCCUGUGACAAUCAACAUCGGCCUCCAUUAGUAAACUAUACUCCUACAACACGUCAAUAGGAAAUCCAAAAUUCAAUGUUUCGCGCGUCCGUAGACGGCUUUUUUCCCGACUUUUUAAGGCUCAAAACAUGGUUCGAGUUAUUGAGGGUAAAAUUAUAUAGAAAAUGACCUGAGGGGAAACGAAAAUUGGUUCGAGUUAGCGGGAGUUCGAAUUAUCGAGGGUUCGAGUUACCGAGGGUAAACUUACAGUGAAUGUAUGACGGAAAUCCAGGGGAAAUCGAUUUUGGUUCGAGCUAGCGCGAGGUUCGAGUUAGCGAGGGUUCGAGUUAUCGGGAGUCGACUGUAUUACUAAUGUUAGUAGUCUGACUCAAAUGUUAAUGUGUUAACUUAGCACGACCUUUAAGCCUUAGUCACAAACUGAAAUAAAUUCUCUUUUAUUUCAGGAGAAAAGUAAUGCCAAGGAGAAGGCGACAAAGACGAAGGAGACCACAGAGCCACCAUCUACCGCGACAGCUAAAGUGGUGGAUUUGAGAAAGGAAGAGGUAAAUAUUUUACCGGUAACUAUACAUUUCAAAAAUUUAAAGUUUGAUUUUUUGAUUUUGAGUUUGAUCUUCCUUGAGUGGUGUUUUUCUGUCAUAAGCGUAGUUCCGGUUACAGCCGUUUUUAGUCAAUGAUUAUAGUCCGAGUAAAGAAGCGUUUUCACAUUUUGAUAAUGUAGCUUAAACUGAAACGUUUGCGGAAUUUUAUGUAUCUGUUUAACUCGCGGUGACUGAAACUAAUACUUCUUUUUUAAUUUUGUUCUUUAGAAAGAUCACGUCGCAGGAGACCCAUACGAAGAAUUUUUAAAGGAACAGAGAAAGAGGGAAGAAGACCUGGCAGCUAAACGUAAAAGCGCAACCAAGAAACUGAACCCUCCUGAUUCUUCCCACGACGUCAUCAUGAAAAAAAUUGAUUCUCCAGACAACAUCAGCCUGAUUAAAAAGCAGCUUGAAGCAAAAACAAGAGAGUACGAUCUUCUAAAGAAUCAGAUCCUGGAUCACGAGCGAAUCUUCAAGGUAAGCACAAAGCAAUGUAGCUUCUUUAUUCUCCGUCAAGAAUCAAGUUGCAGUGGUUACCAAAAAAUACUAACACGCCCCCUUAAACAAAGCAUUAAAUGCAGUUUGUAUCGUUGCUGGAAGUGUGUCUAUAUUUAUGCAUUUAUUUAUUUUGACUUAAGAUGAUGGACAGAUUCGAAGAUUCUCUUGUCACAUUGGGGGAGACCUUGGGGCGCAGGUUGUCACGGAUCGAGCAACGGCUAGAAUCUUUAGAGACCGUGGUAAGUUAAAUAAUAAGGCUUAAGCUGGAUUUCCACUGUCGCGUAAUUUUUACGUGCGUGAAUGAAAUAGAGACAAUGUAUGAAGGUCACGCAUAAACGUAAAAGUUGAACCUCGCUAAGGCGUAUUGUAGCUACUUCCUUUAGUGCACAGUUUUUAAAAAAUGUAGCAAAAUUAUUCAGUGCGCUCGGCAUAAGUCAAAUUACAGCUGAGAAAGAGUUACUGCUCAGCUAGACGCCGGGCCUAAAACUUGGAAUUUAGCACACAAUAAGUUUGGCCUCUCGGAAACGCCUAUUUCAAACUAACGUACCGUGUAAGCAUUAUUUUCCUUUUGUCCUUUUGAAUGCAGCUCAGUUCGAAUAAAUGGGCUUUGGAAUACGGGAAACACAAUAGUUACGAUUCUUUUUCUUUUUUUUCCUAUAGUUCAGGAGUGAAGAGACCUACAACUCUUCCGGCCUGUUGUCGAAUCAAGAACUUUUGACGAUUGACAUGGAUACCAUGGCAACUUUACAACACGACGAAGUCAACGCCAGCAUCCCAGCUACGCCAGCAGGCCCUGCUACCCCAGAAACACCAUCACGGCCCGUAAACGCUGACAGUAUCAUGGAAAGACCUGAAAUCCCGGUGGGAGAAGAUGUAAUUCGGACUUGCGUCACUCCAAGAAAAGUGCAAAGCGUAUAUGCAACAUUACAGAAAGAAAAGGAGAGGCAUAGAUGCGCAGUAAAGCUGCUCCCAUACUUCUUUAGUGAUGAAGAACUCAAAGGAAGCAACACUGAUGGGACCCACGGUAAACAUCCGCUCGACAGCAGCAAGCUGAAUUCUCUAAGAGUUUUAGUUUUCAGUAAAUUUCCAGUUGAAUGUACUACAGAAAGAGAUAAACUGUGGAGACAAAUCAAAGCCAAGAUCAAUGAUAGAUGUCGUGCUAUCAAGUAUGCUAAAAGGGCAAACUAAGGAAGAAUUGUGCAAAAAGAACUUUGUAAGCGUUUUUUAGGAUUUAUUUUCAACGUUGAAUUUUUUUUUCUAGAGGACAGAUUGUAAUCGUUGUAGAACAAUGUCGAUAAUAAAAAAGAUUAAUGCACUCGCGAGUUGCUUUUUAUGCUGAUAUUGAACAGAGGCAUGGGCUGGGAAAGGUUUGGGAUUUUAAUUUUUUUUCCAUUUGAUUUGUAGUCCUAAUAACUGAGGCUCUCUAGUAAUUAAAAAAGUCUACAAUCAUUCAAUACAGCUUUUAUUCAUGUGUUGUCCGUCACACAACGCUUCACUGCGUAUUCAAAUUCCCGGGAGUCAAAUUUCAACCGAAAUUUGCAUAAAGUUGUUUACGAAACCGAUACGGCAUCUUGUCGAAAAACUUUCAUCAGACAUCGAGGGGCUUGCUUGAUAUAGUUUUUGGAAACAUUACAGUCCCAAGUCAAGAUACGUGUUUGCAAACAGUAGUUCUUGUCAAUACGAUGCAGUAGAAGUUUCAUUCCAGGAGAAAUUGGACGGCCUGUUUUGAAGCGCAGUCGUUUCGAGAGCAAGUCGAUUUCGAUUAUUAUUUUACUCGUUGAUCACAUCACUAGUGAUUUUGAUGCUUUCAAUUUUCAGCCGUUUAUCGAUCGACAGCUGUACUUAAAACUUUCGCUCAAUACAUUGAUAACAACAAGAUGAACUAACCAGCCGUUAAUAGAUUGCUUAAUAGGGAAUAGCGCUCGAUUACUUCCACCAAUUCAACUGUUAGAGCGUUAGAACAAAUCGUUAGAGCGUUAGAACGAACCGUUACAGCGUUAGAACAAAUCGUUAGAGCGUUAGAACGAACCGUUAGAGCGUUAGAACAAAUCGUUAGAGCGUUUGGACAAAUCGUUAGAACGUCAGAACAAACCGUUAGAACGUUUGGACAAACCGUUAGAACGUUAGAAAAGCCGUUAGCUAUCCGUUAGCUAUCCGUUAGUUUUCUAACGAUAACGAAAUAUCGUUAGUGUACGUUUUCCCAAAGAAGGUCACAAAUGAUCAGUUGCUUUUCAUUUGGUGGUACUCCAUGAUUAACCAACCAACGAUACUUCUUGAACACCUAGAAAUACCCCUUUUUAACAUUUUUUCCCCUUUAGAUUCCACCCAGUACAACAGUAUCCCACGAUGUGUAGAUUGGAGUCCAUUAGACCAUAAUGUUCUUGCAAUUGGUAGGUGUUAAAAUAAUUGUCCCACCUUGGGACAAAAAGAGGUCGCUAACACAUGGUAACUGAAAAAUUGUUGUAGUUACUGUCAUUUGACCAGAUUGAGGUCAAAAAUAUGAUUUUUCUGGUUCUGACAAACCUGACAAUCACACUACUGAAGGAAAAGGAGAAUGAUUUGAAAUUAGAGAGAGAGAGAGGAGAACAGAAGAAGGAAAAGAAAAAACUGAGAAAGCAGUUGUCGCAAUCUUAGAUAUUGGCUUUAUUAGAGAUGACCAUGGUGACAUUAACUGGUUGCAAAUGAGAAAAGAAGGACCCAGAGCUAUUGUAAAUGAUUCUCCAAAACGAGAUGGUCCAAAGCCAAAUGACAUGAAAUGAAUCGAAGUUUGCUUGUCCAAAAUGGCAGUUUUGAAAGGCUGGCAGAAUUCUUUGGAAACAACUUAAGCUGGAUUGUUGAAAACAUGGCUGCCAAAAAUUGUGGCUGUUAAUAUAAAAUGCAAAAAAGCGAGUUUUUUACGUGUAAUAAGCCGGGAAAUCACCCCACAGAAGUAAAGUGAAAGGAAAAAUGGAGUGAGGGAGGAGAAGCGAAACAAGCAAUGGCCACACUCUUAGUUUUUACAAUAACUGGUUUGGAGAAAUUAUUUAUGGACCAAGUUUGUUUGAAUGGCAUGCCAGAUGUCAAGGCUCUUAAAGCCAAAUUUGAACUUGAAAGCCAUUAUUGCCCUUCUACUUGGUGAGAGGUGCACAUAUAUAUAAAAUUAACUGUCUUUUGUGAAUUUUGAUUUUGGCUCUAAUGUGGCCAGUGAGAUAUUUGAGCUUAUAUUCUACCAGCAGUUCCCUUUGUAACUGUAUUUAUCGUUUAUGCUUCAGGUUUUGAAGAUGGUUCAGUCUGCCUUCAUAAAAUCCUUAACGCUAGACAACCUGUUAUAGCUUACUGUCCCCAUGAACGAGCUGUGAACAAAUUAGCUUUCUCUCCUAGAAGGUAGGUGAACUUAUUUUACUUGAUUCUAAUUUCCCUUUCCUCAUACAUUAAGAAAGCAGGAAGUAAAACCUGUCAAUGCACACUGAGCCAAAGCUGUUCACCCCCACGCUCGAAACUUUAUAAUAUUAUUAUGUGGCUACAAUAGGAGGCACUCUCUGUCUGGCUGUUUCCUGUAAAUACCAGGCAUUACUAGCCAGGGCUGAGUUGCUCAAAGCAUGGUUAAGCAGUAUCAAAACCAUUACGUUGUCAAGGUAUUAAACGCUGGUUAACGCUAACCAUGCUUCGAGCAACUGGGCCCAGGUGUCCAAGGCAUUUAACAUGAUAGUGGACAUCGUUAUGCAAGCCCUAGGAUUUCACGGUAACAAAAGUUUCUGGUACUGUGUUGUUACCAUGGUCUUAAAAUAACAGAACCAAAAAAUAGUUUCUUAGUGCCAUUUUCAGCCUUAGGGAUCCAUUUACUUUUUCACACAGAUACUUUACUAAACUUUUUAGGUCAAUUCUUUAGUUACAACUCAUAUACGAAACUGAAAUGUUUCACAUCUGUCAGUUCCAUCUUGAAUCAUUCCCAAAUAGUAUUAUAUACUUUAAUGGUUUAUGGCUUCCAGGGCCAAGGAAAAAAUGUAUGACUUUGAAAAAUUAAAAACAUUUACAGGAUGGGUUCCCAUGAGUUUUCACAGAACCAGAACAAAAUGUUACUGAUCGUUUCCCGUGAUCUCUGGGCACAGAACCAAAAAAUUUUUUUCCAUGGGAAAUGAAAUCCUAAGGCUUGCUUAUGGACAUCCAUGGUAUGGUUGAUUGACAGCUGUCAAAAAAGGUAUCCGCCGAUCAGUGUCACCUGACUGUAUCGUGGGCUCAAGUGUACAAUUCAUUGAGGUGAUGUGGGUUUUUUUUAAGUCAUCCACUGAUCAGUUGGUUUUAAUUGAUCGCAGGCUCAGGUCCAUAAUGAAAAGGCAAUGUAAUAAAUAACUUAUUAACUUCGUCCAUUUGGUCAUCACUUCAGCCUUGGUGUAUUGACCGCACUAUCGUACUGUCAAUACAUCAAGGCGUCAGUCCCAGAUUUCCUGUAUUCACUUCACUUUAGGUUAAUAAGUGGUAUAUAGUAGAGGUGUCUGUGUACUACUCAAUGACCACUGCCCAAUAACCACUUCCCCCCUAACGUGAUUAUAGUCCAUAGGAGGAUCCCCUCCCCCCAGCCCCUGAAAGGACGACAAUGUGGAGGAAAGUUUCUCUCACUGCUAAUGAAAAACAAUAUGAUGACAGCCGAGCCAAAGAAAAAGAAGCUGGCCAACCUCAAGAUUCGGAAGUCUAACCUGUUAACUACUCAACCAUAAGGAACAAAGGAAAAAUGUUAAUUUAAUGUUAUGACAUGUAUUGCAAAUAAUUAUUGCAAAUAGCCACGCGUAAAUUAUAUUGUAGGAGAGGGGAACAAAGACUCAAGGCUAAAUAUAUUCUAUUUGUGAUAAACUUUUAUGCAGUUGUUUAUUGAUGUAACUUUAAUUAACUAAAAGCUCCUUCUUCUUUUCAUAAAUAUAUAGCCCUGAUUGGCUUGCGUCUGUAUCAGACGAUAUGUGGGUUCAUGUACAGGAUUGCAUUCAUAAUACAACUGUGUAAGUAUUAAUACAGCAGAGAGAACACAUCUCACGUAACUCUGAAUAUGGCAGACUUACAUUAACUCAACGCAGUCUACUUAGAACAUGACCAUUUUUUGUUUCGGUUUGAGAUUUAAUCUGGCAUUAAAAACUUCUGUAACAAGCUAUGCAUGUACAGUGUAAGCGACUGUAGGAAUUACGAGGUCGACUGAGCCGAAAGUGUGAAACUUUGCUGAUACAACACCAUCCAACAUUGUUGGACCCACAGUAACAGCCCUUCACUCUUACCUUCACAGUCUCAGAAGUGAUGAGCACACAGAGGUGGUACGGGGCCUGGCCUGGAGCCCAGUAGAUGACACUUUGUACACGAGUGGCUGGGGACAGCAGAUAUUUAGCCACGCCUUUGACAAUGGCGAACCGUCAGACCUUAAUGUCGAAACCAGCAAAUCACAAGCUACUUCGGUCUGUAUGGACAUUUUCAACGGCGAUGUUAACGGUAAUGGAAUGUCUCAAGAUGAGGAAAAUGGCAUUGAAACAAUGGAGGUUGAAGGGCCAGAACAGAUUCAAAAGACUUUACCCUCUAAAGUGGAAACAGAUAGCGCCAUUGUGACUGCUGCCAGCUAGCACCUUACUUAUUGUGCAUAAAUUCCAAUGCUAUAAUAAUAACAUGGAAAACUCUUUCAACGCGAAGGGGCAAAGGGCAAAAAAAGAGAUGAGGAGAGAACUCAUUUGAGCCCCUGGAAGGGUUUGCUACUCUUUUUUGAAUGAUUUUUGUUCUUCUCUAAGUGUUUACUCUCGCCAGCUAAAGCCCCUACUAUAUUGAGGAACAAACACUAACAUGGAAAAUACUGCCCAAAAGCUUUCAUUUCAGUGACCUAGUUUCUCUUGACAUAGUCACCAAAACAGUUUGACGCUGUGAAUGAAAAUCCCGGUGCCAGGAGUGCUUAGUUCACUGAUUUUUUUGCUAGUUCCAUGUUAUCGGGUUGCAAUCAUCUGCUCGAAACAAACUUUGCCCUUCGACUUCUCUGUGGGAAAGGAGAUUUUUGUAUCCGUGUGGCAUCGCAGGCGGCCCAAGCUCAUGUCACUGGAGAGUGUGAGUCACUGGAGUAGAGAACAUGGCAAAAAUAUAAGACUCUGUAUGGGGAAAUUUAUGAUAUGCUCAAUACUAUAAAAUUCUCAAUAAAAAUAACUUACUAGGCCCCUUAUUACGUGAGAGAAAAGGGAUUAGCAUUUUGUCAGAUCUCUUCUUCGGAAAUGCUAAUGUCAGAGGGUUUGCCUCCCGUUUUUAACUCAACAAAGCUACAUGUAAAUGCGAGGAGCGCAAUGGGUUCAUAUAUCUGUAUCGCCCAAUCAUUUUGGGCCUAAAAAAUUGACCUUCUCCCGGUCGCUAUUAAAG